AUGAUAUUUUCAAAUGGUAUGAUGAUUCCAAAGUAAAUUUUACAAACUGGAUAGAGGAAGACAGUAACAAUGAACUUCUAAACACUUGUGCUACUAUGCAUACAGCUUCAGGUGGAUGGAAAAAAGUCUCCUGUGAACACCUUCCGCUGACUAAGAUCCUAUGUGAAACUACUGUUCUUUAUGAAAAGACACGCUUAUUUGAAACUGCUUGGAUGAGCAUCAUAGUCAUAAUAUCAACAAUAACUGUGGCAAUCUCUGCAGCAUUUCUCUGGUUUCUUUAUCAAAGGAUAUCUUCUAGACCAGUUUGUAGCAUACAUAAUUCCAUCACUCAAAUUCCAUGUGACAAUGAAACAUUUUUUAUAGAUGAAGAUGAAUAUUCUGCUUAAACUGUUUUCAUUUAGAUACUGUUAUAGAAAGAGACACUGGCACAAAAGCAAUCUUCAAAACCACUAUCCUCUAUUCUAAUGAAAUAUAAAGCAAAUAAUGUUUCUUAAAUUGUUUUACAUAUGAAAUGAUUUUCUAUCUAAAUGUCCGUUUUUCAACAUGCUUGAUACCCUUUUAAUAAUAUCAUAGUUUAGAAAUCAUUUUUAUCCAAAACGCCCAAAGAUCCUUUGGAAGGCAGAAGCUCCUCCCUUCACCAACAUUAUGCUACAUUUAUUCUGGUGAGACAUUGCCAAUAGUCUCAUAGCACCCAUUUGUUUAUGAAGUUCAAAAUUCCAAUUGUGGACUAACAAUCAAAAACUCUUUAUAUCAUUACCAAAAUUUUAAAGUGCAGGACUUUAAAUAUUAUCUUUAAGAAAUGUGGAGCAACUGCAAUUAUGAACAAUGGACUGGACAAUUUAUUAAAACCUUGUAUCUUUAUCAUGAAGUCUGCUUAUUCUCCUAGUGAAUGUCAACUUUUUUUUAAUAUUAACAAAAUAUGGAACUAUGGCAAGGACCUUCAACAUAAUCCCAAUCUUUUUAUAUAUGUCUAUUUUAAUACUCUGUUCUUUGAAAUAAAAUUUUGAUUAUUAAUA